GUCAGCGCAGGAGCACUGGAGAGUUUGGACCAGCGUCUGAACUUUGUGUCCACUUUGAUGCAAAGUUUUACAGGGAACGACAAGCUCGUACGGUCACAAUAGGUUAAGAGGAAGCGAAGGUUGAUAAUAGCUCGGUUUUUCGCAUGAACACGUUUUCAGUUCUCGUUCUGGAGUUUAUUAGUGUGUCUCGUGCGCAUUUACGCAUCAAGUGUAACAGUAACUCGACUCUCCAACACAAUGUGUCUGCCAGUGUCCCUCUGAGAUGGAGUGAUCAGACGAGAUCAGCUUCAUUCUCCUCUUCAAGACACAGCAGAAGUCCAUCAGCAUCAUCACUAUCAUCAUCAUCAUCACAUGCUGCAAAUAUGAAGCAGAUCACUAAGCCCACCAGGAUCCCAUCAGAGAGUCACUUUAUAUCAGCAGGGAGAGCUCGAUCAGCCAGUCGACAGCCGCCCUCAUUGGACAAGCUGCCUGAGCAGUACCUAAUUGGACAGUGGCCGCGAGAGCCGUACCAACUCCAGGCGUCCUGUAUGAGUGAUAAAGCCACACAGACACCUGGCUUUUGGCCUGAGGAUGGAGGAGAGGUUAUCGUACACAAACGCUCGGCAUCAUGGGGCAGCGCUGACCAUCUUACAGAGAUUGCAAAACUUCGUCAGCAGCUCCAGCGCAGUUUGCAGGGCAGCCACAGUAUCAAGGAGAAAGAAGAAGUGACGCCCCAGCCAAAGCGACUCUCUGCUUCUUCAUCUAAUACGGUCCUCUCCAGACCCGUCGUGUGUCGAAUGCCCAGCUAUAGUGACGGUGUUAACCAGGAGCUGGAGAACGUCUUCAUCUGUGAAGCCUGGGGGAGAGAGGAGGAGAAGGCUUUGGAGGUGCGGGACGGCGGCCGUGCUCCUGUUCCUCCUCUUCAUCACACACACAGCACUGAGACGCAGAUCUCCUGCAGUCCAUGUUACUGCUGCUCUCCUGCUGCGGACGCUGAGAGAGAUUACAGGUGUGGUUCACCUCUGCCUCAGUUUUCCAGCUCUCCCAAACCCAACAAUAGUUACACAUUUAAACGUGAGCCUCCCGAGGGCUGCGAGAAAGUCAAAGUGUUUGAAGAUCUCAUCACUUGUAGAACACAAGACUUUCCCAUCUUCUCCUGCCCAGACAGAAACAAAGUGAACUUCACUCCGAGCGGCUCGGCCUUCUGUCCGGUGAAGCUGCUGUGUUCGUCUCUUUUCUCGUCAGAUGAUGCUGCUCAUCCCAGUUCACUGGAUACUCAAACUUCAGAACAAACGUCUGGUCCAUUUACAGAGGCCACAGUUCAAAACAGCUUCCCGCUGCGGCCCGUGUCGUCUGAAUGCUGCAGUAUGAGGAAGUGCCUGCUGAUCAGUUAGCCAAUCACAGCUCAGAUCUCAAACAGCUGACGUUUCUAGGGAAUGUAUCACUUGCUAAUGGUUGUCCAAAAGGACCAUUAUGUUGAAAUUUGCCUGUGGGUUUCAUCUAAUUCUGCUGGAAUGCACAAAUCUUUACUUAACCUUACAGCACAUCCUACUAACCAGGUGAAAUGCAUUAGAUAAGACAGAUAAUCAACAGGCCAACAGCCAAAAAUGUGCUUCAUGUCUUAACACACAACUCAGGAUUCAUUUCCAUUAGGGCUGGAUGAUAUAGCUAACUAAUUAUAUUUCAAUGUUUUAGUUG